CCACCAUGCCUGGUGACAGUGAUGAUUUUUUACAGCAGUUUUUUGUUUAUUUUUGAAAUCAGCCUGGACAUUUAAAUAUAUUAUGCCAGUACAUUAGUUACAUGAGGAUUAACUAAGGUAAUGUAAGGUUAUGGGCUGUUUAGUUGUAGUACUAAAACAAGCAUGGAUUUUUGAAUGUGAAUAUUUUAGAGGAAAUAUUGAAAUUACUUAGAGUAGACCUGGAUAUAUGUUCAUUUACAUGCUCAUUUUCAUUUCCAAUAGCAUGAGCAAUAACUUACUUAUAUUUCAUUCCUGAGAAACUAAAAGAAGCUGCCUAAGGAGUAUGAAAAUUGCCAUUACGUCUGUAUUGUCUACUUUUUGGAUGCUUACAUGAUUAUAGAUCGCUGCGCUUCCACACAUUUUGGGCUGCUAUCAGGUUGUAAGUAAUCAGUAUACAAACGAAAUUUAAAAAUUUAAGCAAGAUAAUUUUAUAUUACUUGGGUCAGGGAAAAAUGCAGUUGCUGAAGGUUUCAUAGCUAAAUAUAAGCAAUUUUGCUUUUUAUACUUUUUUGGAUUAUACCGUCUUUUCCCUUUUAGUAAUAGAAGUAAUACAGGUAGGAAUUAACUUAGCACUUCCAAAUUAAUGGUAAUAUUAGACAUGCGUACACAAGCACAGGAUUAAGUUAUAUAGAAAUAUGUCUCAUCCAUGUUUAAUGUGGCUGACCAGCCCAAUUGAUUAGCUAAUUUUAUUGCUGUGUUAAUGUUAAAAUUGUAAAUACAGUUGUUCAUUGUUAAAAUAAGUGAGUAGGAUUAAAAUAGAGAAUUGAUAAAAGUAAAGCCUUAAAAACCUUUUAGCUAAAGUAGCAGGCUUCAAGUGAAAUUCAGUUUUGGUCUCCUUUACAGGAAUAGCUAUUCACAGUCAGACAGAAUCACUUAUCACGUUUUGCAGUAUCUCCUGAGGAAGUCAGAAUCUGAGCCAGCAUGAAGACGGAAUCUUGUCUUCGAUCUGAUUUGCAAACCGUACUUUUAUUCUAAUCAUGUGCAAGGUGGAGGUAAUAGCGUGGGAACUAAAAUCUUACUUCCUGCCUGACACAACUCACUUCAAGGAGUGCACAAUGUCAGAACGUGGAAUUAAGUGGGCUUGUGAAUAUUGUACGUAUGAAAACUGGCCAUCUGCAAUCAAGUGUACUAUGUGUCGUGCCCAAAGACCUAGUGGAACAAUUAUUACGGAAGAUCCAUUUAAAAGUGGUUCAAGUGAUGUUGGUAGAGAUUGGGAUCCUUCCAGCACCGAAGGAGGAAGUAGUCCUUUGAUAUGUCCAGACUCGAGUGCAAGACCAAGGGUUAAAUCUUCAUAUAGCAUGGAAAAUGCAAAUAAAUGGUCAUGCCACAUGUGUACAUAUUUGAACUGGCCAAGAGCAAUCAGAUGUACCCAGUGCUUAUCCCAACGUAGGACCAGGAGUCCUACAGAAUCUCCUCAGUCCUCAGGAUCUGGCUCAAGACCAGUUGCUUUUUCUGUUGAUCCUUGUGAGGAAUACAAUGAUAGAAAUAAACUGAACGCUAGGACACAGCACUGGACUUGCUCUGUUUGCACAUAUGAAAACUGGGCCAAGGCUAAAAGAUGUGUUGUUUGUGAUCAUCCCAGACCUAAUAACAUUGAAGCAAUAGAGUUGGCAGAGACUGAAGAGGCUUCUUCAAUAAUAAAUGAGCAAGACAGAGCUCGAUGGAGGGGAAGUUGCAGUAGUGGUAAUAGCCAAAGGAGAUCACCUCCUGCUACGAAGCGGGACUCUGAAGUGAAAAUGGAUUUUCAGAGGAUUGAAUUGGCUGGUGCUGUCGGCAGCAAGGAGGAACUUGAAGUAGACUUCAAAAAACUAAAGCAAAUUAAAAACAGGAUGAAAAAGACUGAUUGGCUAUUCCUCAAUGCUUGUGUGGGGGUUGUAGAAGGUGAUUUAGCUGCCAUAGAAGCAUACAAAUCAUCAGGAGGAGACAUUGCACGCCAGCUCACCGCAGACGAAGUACGCUUGCUGAACCGUCCUUCUGCCUUUGACGUUGGCUAUACUCUUGUACACUUGGCUAUACGUUUUCAGAGGCAGGAUAUGCUAGCAAUAUUGCUUACAGAGGUGUCUCAACAAGCAGCAAAGUGUAUUCCAGCAAUGGUGUGUCCUGAACUGACAGAACAAAUCCGGAGAGAGAUCGCUGCCUCUCUUCAUCAGAGAAAGGGGGAUUUUGCUUGCUAUUUUCUGACUGACCUUGUAACAUUUACGUUGCCAGCAGAUAUUGAAGAUUUGCCUCCAACAGUCCAAGAAAAAUUAUUUGAUGAGGUGCUUGAUAGAGACGUUCAAAAAGAAUUAGAAGAAGAAUCUCCAAUUAUUAACUGGUCCUUGGAAUUGGCUACACGUUUGGACAGUCGACUGUAUGCACUUUGGAAUCGGACUGCAGGAGACUGCCUACUUGAUUCAGUACUACAGGCUACCUGGGGCAUUUAUGACAAGGACUCGGUGCUUCGGAAAGCCCUGCAUGACAGCCUGCAUGACUGUUCACAUUGGUUUUACACACGCUGGAAAGAUUGGGAAUCAUGGUAUUCUCAGAGCUUUGGUUUACAUUUUUCCUUGAGGGAAGAACAGUGGCAAGAAGACUGGGCAUUUAUACUCUCUCUUGCUAGUCAGCCUGGAGCAAGCUUGGAGCAGACACACAUUUUUGUACUGGCACAUAUUCUUAGACGACCAAUUAUAGUUUAUGGAGUAAAAUACUACAAGAGUUUCCGGGGAGAAACUUUAGGAUAUACUCGGUUUCAAGGUGUUUAUCUGCCUUUGUUGUGGGAACAGAGUUUUUGUUGGAAAAGUCCGAUUGCUCUGGGGUAUACAAGGGGCCACUUCUCUGCUUUGGUUGCCAUGGAAAAUGACGGUUAUGGCAACCGAGGUGCUGGUGCUAAUCUGAAUACUGAUGAUGAUGUCACCAUCACAUUUUUGCCUCUGGUUGACAGUGAAAGGAAGCUACUCCAUGUGCACUUUCUUUCUGCUCAGGAGCUAGGUAACGAGGAACAGCAAGAGAAACUGCUCAGGGAGUGGCUGGACUGCUGUGUGACAGAGGGGGGAGUUCUGGUUGCCAUGCAAAAGAGCUCUCGGCGGCGAAAUCAUCCCCUGGUUACUCAAAUGGUAGAAAAAUGGCUUGACCGCUACCGACAGAUCCGGCCCUGUACAUCCCUGUCUGAUGGAGAGGAAGAUGAGGAUGAUGAAGAUGAAUGAAUUUAAAAAAAAAAAAAAAAAAAAAAAGCAGAUGAUCAAGGCAUCGGAUCUGUAAUGACCCUAAAGUUAGUGUGGUGCUCCAAGCAGAGUCUACAUCAUGGACUGAACCAGAUCUGGCAGAAUCUGCUUGGAAGUGUUUUCCUGGACCACACACACCUAAUGGAGAUAACGCCUCUGCUGCGUGAGGGGACAGAGAACUUUGGUUGGACUACAGUUUGUAAAAAAAACUAAUUUUAUUAUUAAGACAGAACUUUUUGUCCUUUCAAAUUGUAAAUCUGUCUAUAAAUGUAACGCAUGUGGUUGUGAAAGAAAUUGUGUAAUAGGAAAAGUUGUACCAGCAUCUUCAUAUAAUUGAGAAAUUUUUUUCCAGCAUGGGCACUUAGAAAAAGCACAUGGCAGAUGACUCUUUGUUCCUUUGAGAUCAUAUUUCAAUAGAACCUGGCAUUCUUUCACCUUAAAAGAUCCAUCUAAUGUCAAGUCUCUGGAAACGUUUUGUAUAAAUUAUCCACAGCAAAACAUAAAAAUAAGCUUUUAAUAAUUUAGUUCCUAUUGUGCCCAAUAAAAUCAAAUCUAUUAGGAGCAAGCCGCAAGAAAAGAUAAGAAUGUUUUAGGGUGAACUAAAUACAGACAUUGUUUGUUUGUUUUGAAGAGGGUUUUGGUUUUGGUUAUUGUGUCUUUUAAGUUUUCUGAUAUGCCCCCUUUCAAUAUGUAGAUAUUUAUUUGUUUGGAAGAAUACCUUAAAAUGAGGGUUCUAAUUCCAGACUCUGGGUCUGUGAGUAGCAUUUUCCUGGAUGAAAAGGGAGCAGCAAGCCCACUUGUGACUAAAUGAAUUGUGUGAAAUUUGCUCACUUGGACUCCAGCAGCAGUGUGCUACUCCCAAAUUGCCAGGCCAAAGGGUCUUCGGAUUCUUCCUUUUAUCACCUCUGCUCUAAGCAAAUUUUGUUAGAAGGGCAUGCCUUUGCUUAGGCAGAUUGGGAAUACCAAUUCACUACAGAAUAAAGAUUUUAAAAAUGCAAUAAGGUGGUAAAUGCAUUGUAUGAAGAAUUUCUCAGUGUGUAGUCUGAGAAUGUUUGCAUGUUGAUUUGUGGCCAUUCUUAUUUAAAAUUAAAACUAUAAUCUUAGGUAGAAAAAUUUUUAUAAGGAGUAUUAUUUGACCACUUCAGGUAUACAUUCAAUACUGGGUAAAAAUUUCAGACCUAUCUCAGGAACACAGAAAUACUUGGUGUCCUGAUAAGCACUUUCUAGACAAUUGAUGUGGCCAGGAAUUUGGAAAGAAGACAUACUCAAACGUCUAUUUUUUUUUCUUCCCUGUGAUGAAAAGGCUGCGAAAACCUUAAAGUAUUUGCUCGCUUCCUGUUUUGUUUAGUUGAUAAUGAAAUGUGUACAGCCUCAAAUUUGCUGCCAGAAUGAUACUAAAAAUAGAAAAAUACCCACGAAACUGUCAUGUCUUUAGUUCUUCUCCCCUCUGAAAACUCAGUAAAGAGGUGUUCCCAGGAUGAAAAGAUCAUUUUUGCUGCAUGCUAAAUCUUGCA